AGAUCAGUUCGAUUGUGAUUAGUCGAUGGAGUGAACAGGCCAAUGCGCCUCGCGCUGGUAAUCUUCCAAUAAAUUACGAAUUACCUGAAAACGCAGGAGUUUUUCUUCGCACUUUUCACCUUUGCCAUUUGAGAGAAUGUCUCAAACACUGUGAAUUUUUUGUCGCUUCUUUAACGCGAAGUGCGCGCCGUGAAGAGUGCUUUAAAUAUUGCGUAAUUUUCGCGAGAAAAACAAUAUUUGCAAUUUGCGUGAAGUUCGGAAAAGGCGCAAAAUGUGCAGCAACAACAUCGGUCACGGCGGCUAUGCAACAGGAUACGACGACUACUAUGAUUACUACAAUCACAUAAUUCCUCCCACGGAAUACGUGCCGAAUCACGAUCCGUGCAAUCUAGAGAUUCUGGAUAGCAUGAAAAAUCGACCAUCCUUCCAAAUCAGUGACAUUCUCGGCCUUCAGCCCAAGGAUGGCAUCACGGACUCAAAUGGCAAUCAAGCACCGCACCAGACAGCAGCCCUGCCGCCUCAUCCGCACCACAAUGGGCUGCUGGAUCCUGUGCCAGGCACCUUCAUCCCACCCGCAGCCAACGGCGCGCUCUUCGGCGAGUCUGGCCACUAUCAGAACAUGUUCCACGCCGCCACCCGCUCCUGGACCACCCCUCUAGACAGCAAUAACGAUCAAUACGGCAUUCCUCAGCAAGCCAGUCCAGACAGUACGUCUCCUGUCGCGUCGGAAUUGUCCUACACACCUCUUGGGGCUUGCUCUAAUUCAUCGAAUGUGGCCGACUCGUCCAACAACAGCAAAAUCAUCAAUCUGGACGAGACGUCCCAGCAGCAGAAUCACAACACCACAACUAGUCACAUGACGGAGGAGUGCGGCGACGAGGAGAUCCUCGACGAUCACGAGGAGGUGGGCGAUCUGAUGGGCGCGCAGAACACCACGGGCGCCCUGAAGAAGCGGAAAAGGCGCGUGCUGUUCUCCAAGCAGCAGACAUUCGAGCUGGAGCGACGGUUCAAGCAGCAACGAUACCUCUCCGCGCCCGAGCGCGAGCACCUGGCCAGUCUGAUUAGGCUGACGCCGACGCAGGUGAAGAUCUGGUUCCAGAAUCACAGGUACAAGACCAAGAGGGCGCAGAACGAGAAGGGCUCGCUGGACGGCUACCAGACGCACCCGCCCACCACCAUGCAAUCCCCACGGCGAGUGGCCGUGCCGGUGCUGGUGCGCGACGGCAAGCCGUGCCUAAAUGGGGCGAAGCACCAGGAGCACCCCAGCGCGCACAUGGUGCUGCCCCACGCCGGCUACCAGCAUCCCACCCUCAUCCCGCACGCCCAGAACCACGGCCGAGGCGUGUGGUGGUAGGCGCGCCCGCGGCAUGGCCAUCAACUCCACUUGGCGCCCGACUUAGGGAAGUAGACUAACUUCUAAGCCCUAUCCCAACACAUAAUUUGUACAUAGGAAACCAAUUCAACCUUGUGUAAUUACGUUGUAGUAUAAUUUCUUAGUUUAAACAUCUGAUUGACCACCCAAAAUCAUACUUUCAGUAUUUAGCCAAUAAUUCAAUCUUCUCUUGGGUACCAAACAAUUGUAGUAAAUCGAAUUUCAACCCCUGCUCGAGUGACUGUAGCAUGCGAAAGUACUUGUGAAGCACAAUCCUGUAUACAGAAAAAAAACAUAUUUCCUCAGUGUUUGCGUGUAUUUGUGAGUCCACCCUCCAAAUUUAUGAAUUUCCGCUCAUCAAUAAUACCACUUUUCCGGUACUUUCGAGACACAGCACACUCACUUCUGGACAAUUCCUCUCGUGGCAUUGCUUGGGAGACGCGUUUCGUGGGGUGUAUAAUUGAGCAAUGCAGGGAUUGUGUCCCAUUUCGAGAGAUAAUUUAUCGUAUUUCAUAUAAAAACUAGCGCAUUCCAAUUUUCGGCAAUAGGCAUUUUUCCAUCCCAAAUGAUUAAGGAAAAAAAAACAUUGUAAAUUAACUGGAGAGUUUAAGGUUAAAUAUCACCUGUUUAUUGUCUUUAGGUCCAACAGCUAGAAAUAUUUAAUGUGAAUAGAUGAUGUGAGAGAAAAUAAAGAGAGAGAAAAAGGAAUUAUUUAUUGCGAUUUAUUAUAUGAAUUUAGAGCAAAUAUAAACGUGAAAAAUUAA